AUGGCCAAGCGAUUCGAAAUCCAUUCGCCCGACGGUGGAGUGGCAAAGCAAGGCAGGAUCGGGUCGCCUCUGGACUCGUUGGAUGACGACGAUGCCGACAUUCAGAUGGUGGGCGAGUCCAAGGGCCGGUACAAGGGAGAGUCCAAGGGGAGCGGCAGCGACGACAUGAGGGAGAUGAUGAGGAUCAUGAUGAAGGACAUGAGGUACGUUAAGAACAUGAGGGAGAAUAAUGCGAAUGAGAAGGAGGCAAAGGAGCAGGCGACAGCGGCCAAGCAGGCAGCGUUCGAGGCCAAGAUCGCGGCCAGUUCGGUUGAGGGGGAGGUGGAAAAGCUCAAGGAACAAGUGGUGACCAAGGAGAAUAUCCAGGAGGUCAUGCGAGGAACAGGCAAAUACGUCACAGGGAAGGAGGUGGAGGGCAUGAUCAAGGAGGCCAUGAAUAACAUCAG